CUUUUGCUUGCUUAUAUUCUGCUAGAAUAAUGUGAACUUGAGUCUAUGACUUCUCUGGUCUUGGUUUGAACUUGAGACUAUGUCGUUUAUAUUAUGCUUAUUAGAGUUGUGCUUUGCCUUUUAUUGUGUUCUGACAUUCUUUCUAGAGAACUUUGGGUAGGAGUUGAGGAAAUGCAUAGAUAUUAAGCAUUAGCUUGCUUUGUUUCUUAUAUAAUGCUCGAGUGUAUUGCUGUGCUAAAAACCAGUAACCACUUGUGUUAUAAAUCAUAAUAUUCUACAGGUUUUAACACUUUAUUCUCUUUUGGUAUAUUAAUUUGUUUUGCAUCAGAUUUGUUUUAAAUUGUUUAUUAGCUGAUUGUAUUAAUCCUCUUAUAUGCUGAUUUAUUAUUUUGAUAAUCUUCAGGAAUGGCGUCUUCGAGUAAUGUCUUCAAAUAUCCUCCUCGUCUAUAUGCAGAAGGAAAAUCACCUUUGCAACAUAGAAGCAUGAACCACAAUUGUUAUCUGUCCAAGAUUGGUCAAAUCAGAGAAGGAUUAGGUAUUGAUGUGUGGGAUGGAUUGGAGAAAUCAUCACUAGGUGUGUUUAUCAAGCUAGCUGAACUAGAGUACACAUGGGCUGCCAAGAAAGUACAUCUAUUCCUCACAAAUCAGUUGAAAGUGGAUAACUUUCAUGAGAUAUGGUCUAUGAUUGAUGGUAGACCAGUCCGGUUCUCCUUAAAUGAGUUUGCUGCUAUAACAGGAAUGAAUUGCGAUCCAUUUGACCCGUCGGAAAAGUUUGAAGCUGAUCACCGUGAGCUAUGGGAGGCAAUGAAAGUACCAAUCUCAGAAGGUCCAAAGUUCAAUGAGUUGCGAACUGUGAUGGAUCUUAGCAAGGCAUGGGACUUAAAGGAGAGGAUGAUGGUGGGUAGGUUGUGUUUAUUAUCAGUGGCAAUACAUGGAGUGCACCAUGGAUCUAGAUUUCCUUUGUCUAGUGCUAUAAGAGUUCUUGAUCCAGUGAGUUUUGAGAAAUAUCCGUGGGGACGAGUGGCUUUUGAAUGUCUACUUAAAUCGGUUAAGACAGUUGACUUUAACAAAGAUGGUUAUGUUAUUAAAGGAUGCGUUCACGCUUUGCUUAUGUGGGUGUAUGAGAGUUUCCCUGGAUUAGGAGAGGGUUAUGGGUUGAGAAGGCCUAUCUUGACUGGUAUUCCAUUUCUUGAUUGGCAGUCAACUCGGAAGGAUAUCGACCUAACAGAAUUCAUUAAAAACGAGAAGAAGCUGCAUGGGCAGGUUAUUUUUAUUUCAUUGGUGGUGCUGUUUUAUAGAGCAGAGUGGCCAUACGAAACAUAUGGAUGGUUGAAAGAUUAUCAUAUGGGUGCUGCGAUGGCUAUGUUCCGCAAAAGGUUGAUGCGUAAGCCUUCAGCGUACCCAAAUCAACGAAUAACUUUCUUGGACCAAGACAUGAUGAGGGAGCUGGCUAGAGAUUAUGAGCACUUUUCUGGAGGACGUAGGAGCUUCAAGUUCAGGGACUAUUUUGAGGAACACCUCAACGGGACAGCUCCUACUGAAUCAGCUACUUACAAGAAGUGGUUCAUCGAUGUUGAUCAUCUUUAUGCUUGCCUCUUUAUCAAUGGUGAUCAUUGGGUUGCUCUUGAUAUUGACUUGCGUGUGAGGAGGAUUAACAUCUACGAUAGCAUCCCACACUUGACCACUGAUCCUGAAAUGGCGAAACAAUGCAUGUUUUUGCGGUUGAUGAUCCCUGCCAUGAUGAGUGCUUUCGUACCUAUCAACAUACGUAAGAAGAGUAAUGCAAUGUUGGACGUGAAAAAGAUUACAAAGAAGGUACCUUUGAAUAAAGAUCCCGGCGAUUGUGCUAUCUACACACUCAAAUACAUCGAGUGUUUGGCUCUUGGGAAAUCAUUCGAUGGGCUUUGCGAUGAAAACAUAAAUGCCAUACGUGUUAAACUUGCAGCGGAGCUAUUUGAUGAAGUGAGAGAGGCAGCCAAACCAUCUAAUCUUGAUCUUUGUGGUGUAGGUUUCAAGAUCCCUAGUCUCAUGGACGAAUCCAUCGAAUGA